CAAGGAAAAGCCCUCAUCUUUAAACCCACAGUAGGCAGGGGUUCGGUAUUCUGAAAUGGUGGCUUUGAGGUCGGAUUCUUGAAACCUCAAGCGUUCCUCUGUCUCAAAAAUGGCAUCUUUACCUUCGUUUACUCAAUUCUGUUCUUUGCCCAGGUGGCAGUCGAAUUUGCCUUCUUUGUGUUUUAUAAACUGUGUACAAUUUUCCCAAGUUAUUAGACCGCAUAGUAGAUUUGUCGUUACAGCCGUUCCUAGAAAAAAACAGCCGGAAAAGACAUCUGAUGGUGAAGAAGAUGACUCGGAAAAGAAAACAACGCGUAAACGAGCUCCGUCUAGAAGAAGGAAAAAAGCAGAAUUGGAUGUUACAGAGGAGACCCCGGUGUUAGAGAAUAAUAUUAGUAACAUGGAUGGUGAAAGUGAAACAGCUUUGACUUCUGAGUCAGCAAAGCCCGAAAAACCUCCAAGAAGAACUCGGAAAAAAGAAACUGUAGUUGCCUCUACAUCAAGCAACUUAAAUGAAGAACCGGAGAAAAAGGUGACAAGGCGGAGGCGUACCAAGAAAACGGUAGAAGAUACCGUAAAUGAAGCUAGUGAAACCGAGCUUAGUGAAACUGAAGAUGAGACCGAUAACGAAAGAGAUGUAGAAUUUGAUGCAAGUGGUGGAGAAGAUAUUAGCUUUACAUACGCAUGGCCUCCUUUGAUAUGUUGCUUUGGACCGAUUCAACACGCGUUUGUGCCAUCAGGAAGGCGGGCCAAUAGACUUAUCGACCACGAAUCACACGAACGUAUGAAGGAUGCGUUGUGGGCCCCAGAGAAGUUUGUUCGGGCACCGGGAGGUUGUGCGGCCAAUGUUGCUUUGUGUCUUGCUAGAUUUGGGAGUAACGCAGCGGUUAUGGGUAAAAUCGGGGAUGAUGAUUUUGGACAAGCGAUGUUGUAUUAUUUGAAUGAGAGUCGAGUGCAAACUCGGUCGGUUCGGAUUGAUCCGAAACGGACAACUGCGGUGUCACGGAUGAAAAUGAGCAAAAGGGGUGCGUUAAGAAUGACAUGUGUCGGCCCGUGUGCUGAGGAUGCACUUAGGAAAACAGAAAUUAACAUCGAUGUGCUCAAAGAGGCAAAGAUGUUUUACUUCAAUUCAUUUUCUCUGCUUGACCGUAAAACGAAAACAAGUGCGUUACAAGCCAUCAAGAUCUCAAAGCAGUUCGGAGGGCUUAUCUUUUUCGAUCUCAAUCUACCUUUACCACUGUGGCAUUCUGUAGAAGAAACUCGGUCCGUUAUUCAAGAGGCUUUGGAACUUGCGGAUAUAAUCGAGGUUACAAAACAAGAACUUGAAUUCCUGUGUGGGAUCGAGGUGUCUGAGAGAUUUGACACCAAAGACAACGAUAGGUCCAAAUUCGUUCACUACAGCCCCGACAUUAUUUCUCCGAUUUUACAUGAUAAUCUUCAAGUUCUGUUUGUCACAAACGGGACUUCUAAGGUUCAUUACUACACUAAGGACCACAACGGGUCGGUUCUUGGAAUGGAGGACCCGCCCAUCACUCCGUUCACUUCGGAUAUGUCUGCAGCCGGAGAUGGACUUGUUGCAGGGCUCGUGAGUAAAUUGAUAGUUCAGCCACACCUGAUGACCGAUAAAGAGUAUUUGAUCCAUAGCAUAGACUAUGCUAUUAACCGCGGGGUAACAGAGCAAUGGCUGCAGGCUCGAACACGCGGCUACCCGCCUAAACCGGGCAUGGAAGAUGACCUCUUUUUCCCUGACCCAAACGGUCUCAGAACCAUAACGGAAAAAGCCUUCCGGACGCUCUUCCCCGUGAAUGAUGACGAUGAUUCAGAAGAGUUGGGUGUUACAGUGAACAGACAUGAUGAUGAUUCGGAAGAAGAAGAUGGUGAUAACGCGGAUAGACACAACGACUAUGAUUCGGAGGAUGUAAGUGACAUGGAGUUGGACGAUGAGGAACCCGUUCGCAAAGUAAAUCAGUCGAUUCGUGCGUAAGUAUGAUGGUUUCCGGUUUCUGUUUCUUUGACUCGGACCAGAUGCAAUUUUGUAGUUCCGUCGAUGUGUUUGGAGUUGUUAUGAGGUUGUUUGAUUCGGUUUCGAAAUCUGUAAUGUUAAAAGAUGACCUGAGUAUAGCAUGUUUGUCAUUACUAUUCUUUAGUAUGAAUUUGCUCUAUUGUAUUA